UUGGAAGCUAGUUGGUAUGAAAAAAAAAAAAAGUUAAUAAAAUUGAAACAUGGAAGUAAAUUAUUCAAAUCGCAAGAAAGUUGAAUCUAAAUUAUAAUGUGAAGGUGGGGAUGAUUUUUAAAAUUAAAAUUUAUUUAUGAAUAUUCAUCUUAAGAUUUUAUUCAGAACAAUCUUGGGUUAUGAAGGAUCAACAAAAAAACAACCUGUCUCAAUAGCAUAACCGCAUCGUUUGUGUAUACGAAGUGUCAAAUGCCAAUUUUUCAAUAAAAAUAAACUUCCUGACUUCAAGUAGGUUACCCCAUAAGUGUACCAUUUAAACGAGUGACCAGGUUAGAUCAUCAUUGCAUUACUGUAUUAUCUUGAAGAAAUGUCAGUCCCAUCUUUACCAUUAUUCCUUGCAGAAACAAGAUUUAGAUUUAAUGAAGUUGCUCAAAAGAAUUGUCGACUAGAUUGCAGUGAAAAACCUACAUUUUCUUCAGUUCCCAGCAAUAUUUCUCAUAAAACUUCGCAAAGUAAGCCAAGUGGGAGAGGUCAGUGGGAAGCGGCACGCCAGAGUAGCGCCACCAAGGAGGAAGCGUCGGACCGUGUUUCUCGUGGCCACGCGCACAGGCACCACCGCCACAAGUCUCGCCGCGUAGCCACGAUGUCUGCGGGCCAGGACAACACGACACAACGUGUUCAGGCACAGAAGGAAGACCUUGUGAAUGGUGUGCCAAUAUCUGCACAAAUGCGUCACUCACCAUCCAGUUUAGACUCUGGUCUCCAAAACACCCCAUCAGAUGAAAUGGUGCACAGGAAAGAUGAACAUAUUAAAAACUUACAAGUUAAAUUGUCAGCACUUACAAAAAAGUACAAAGAUGUGGAAAAUGAGAGAGACAGUCUUAAAACUCAGCUGGCGAACCUCCAUCACAAGCAGGAGGCAUUGUCACGAGAGAACGACAGAGUUGCCGCGCUAGAAGCAGAGAACCGUGAGAUGAAAGGAGACAUAGUGAUCCUGAAGAACUUGGUGUACCGCCUGAACGUUGCGCUGGAGCAGUACCAACAGAAGUACAAGCCGGGCGAGCUGUCGUUCGUCAAGCCCACAGAGGUGGACGGGAAGCAAGCAGACCUGUUGUGGAGCUCCAUCAACAAGAAGGCUCUGUUUCCUUUGCUUGACGCCUACUCGGAGACCAUCAAAGAGAAGGAUGACCUCAUCCACUCGUAUGAAAUAGAUCUGAACAAGUUUGUGGCCAACUGUAAGAACAUAGUUGAGGAGAAUGAGAAAUUACAUGGAGAGGUCGAAGACUUGCGUAAGAAGCACGAGAGCAGGCUGCUGGAGCUCCAGACCGCGCAGCAGGAGGCAGCCCUCGCGCAGGAGCAGAGCGAAGUGCUGACGGAUCAGCUGCAGCUGCAGAACAACAAGCUGCAGGAGAUAAGCACGUCGUGUCAGGCCAGAAUUGGAGAGCUGUUGGGGGAGAAUGACGUCUUGAAGGAGAAGUAUCACCAGUGUCGUGGAGACUUGCUCGCUGCCCGAGGACAGCUCUCCGUCCUCAAGGAGGAGUACGAGAACGUGAAGAAAGACUUGGAGAACAAGAUUCCUUUCGCAGUGCACACCGCCGCUGUUUCUGAGUGUCGCAGGUUACUGGACGAGCUAAAGCUGAAGUACGAAUCAGAGCGCAGCCAGCUGUCCAGCCAGUUGGCAGCCGUGCAGAAGAACUACGCAGAGCUGCAGACACAGCAUGCAGCAGAGAGGGCAGAAAGAAAACAAGAACUCAUUCAGGUUCCCAACUUGGAAAAGUUGCUCAAGAGGAGUCAGCAGCAGUGCGAGGACCUGCAGCGACGGCUGGUGUCUGCACGGGUGUCCCGGGACGCCGCCAAGCGCCAGCUGCAGAAGGCGGUGUUGUUCUCGGAGGAGUUGGUGGCAGAGCAGGAGCGUCUGCUGGGCCGGCUGCAUGCCAAGCAGCAGGAAGCCCAGGACAUUGCUCGCAUUGGCAGUUCCAUCAGCAGUCGCAUGAACACACUUCGCUCCAAGAUCAAGACUGUGAAAAAAUUUGCAUUCAAAGAUUUGCACGUGAUUGAAAACCGAAUCAAAGAACAGGAAUCAAAUGUUGACCGUAUGAAGGAUGAAUAUCACAAUGAGGUUGCUCGAUUACGUAAUUUAGUACGCCACAAGGAAGCCAUCAUCAGUCGACUACAGCAGGAAAAAUGCAAGACGGAGGAGGACCUGGAGGUGGUGUGGCAUGCCGCGACGUCACAAGAGUCGUACAUCAAGGACAAGCUGAAGCGGGUGCACAUUCUGCUGCCUGGGAGGGAUCCCAGCGCACACCUCCACACCAGCAGCCAGUUGAAGUGAUGCCUGCGUGCGUCCAUCGUUGAGCUGAACUAGUCAUUGUCUUUUAUAGACUGUGGAGCUAAACUAGUCAUUGUCCUUAGUAUUAGUCCUUGUUACGUUGUUGACCAACGCACAGUAAUACAUAUCAGUCAUUAAUUGAAGUAUUAUAAAUAACUUUUCAUGGAUUUAAAAUGAAAUAUCUGAGUUACUUGAGAAGUUGUUAAAUAUGAAGUGUUUAAGAAAUGUUAUAAAAUGUAUAUUUGCAAUUUGUCAUUACUUUGUGCAUUUCUCAGGAAUAAAUCAGCAAGCCUUUGAGAA